UUCAUGGAGCAAAGCAAAAUUGCAAUCGUGAAAAUUGUUGACGGUGAAUUGAAAAUUUUCUAUUUAUAACGUGACUAAUAGAACAAAAUAUUUAUGCAGUCAGACGGCGAGGAAAGUUUGUUGCAUUCAUGCUUCGGUUCGCUGAGGAGCGCCGUCAUGGGUUGCUGCUACAGCAUUUGCCACAAAGACACCGAUCCUCAGGAGAACAUAGUGAACGAACGCACACACCUGCUGGAAGUGCCGGAACAGCAGCACGAGGCCCCGUCGCCGACGGCGUGCGCGUCCACGCCGCCGCGCAAGCCGGACGAGCAGAGCGCGCUCAACAGGAUACUGCACGAGACUGCCACAAAUGUGAUAGACGUAGGAGCCCUAGGCCCUUACUCACUAGAAGCGGGUGCAUACAGCGAGCGAGUGAGAGCGUACACCGCUAGGGCUGCCACCGCGGCGCUGCCCCCGCCCACGCCGGCGCGCCUGCUGGCCGACCUGCCGCCCGCCAUCCGCCGCCAGGUGCUGGUGGCGCCACCCCUCACACACAGUGACAAGGAGCUGAUAACAAACGCGGUGAAGAAAGCCGCGUCUGCGAUAUCGGAGCUUCGAGUGGAGCACCACGAGGACCUGGUGGUGCCCUUCCGGGUUCCGUAGCAGCGGAGCGCCGCCUCGAUGUCCGAGGACGAACGGUAUUGAGGCACUGCGGAAGAUGAUGAAUGGCUAAAGUAGGGGUAAUAAGGAAAAAGGGGAGUUUUUAUGCCGAACUGAUCGAGUCUACCGAUGGGCGAUUCGACACAAUCGAAUUAUUCGAAUAACAAUUGGAAAACAAUUGUUUUCGAUUUUUCAAUUGUUACUUAGCGCGCGGGUCUGGGACUAGUAAAUCGAAAUUUGAAUGCGAUUUCAAAAGAACUAUUUAUUCGUUCCAGCCUACGAAUACGCAAACGUACAGUAAAUAAAUUGAACAAUCGACUGUCAAUAUUCAUUUGAUUGUUUUCUGUGACGUCAAUCGAUUGUUCAACUGUUCGAUUCAUUCGAUUGUUUUUUUUUCAAUCGCCCAUCGCUAUAGAAUAAACCCUUAAAAUAAGAAUCGGAUUAUUUGAUAUGAGUUAUGACUAUAAAUAUAUAGGUAUACGACUAUGGAUAGAGCUAAAAUCUACUUGAAGCAAAUACCUAGUUCCAUUCCCAUAUAUAUCCCAUUUCGACUGCCAAGCGAGAGCGAAAGGCCAGAUACCACUGGAAUCCCACGUCUCGCUCUAAUUUGUUGGUUGAAGUUGUAUAGUGAUAAGUAGGCAUUUGCUUUAAGAUAUUAGGAGUGCUCUAUCCAUUAGGUAUAUAUAGAUUCAUGUCUAAAACUGAAGCCAAAAAACCAUAAAACAAUAGACUAAGACUUCCCUAGCCCCUUAAAAUUUUGGAAUGAGGUUUUGUACAUAUUAAUAGGCGGAAAAAGCAGUGUGAAAUGGACAAUUUGUAUUAAUGAAAAGUAUGUUAAAAUGAUUAUUUAUAUUCUUUAUUUAAACUGAGCUUCUGCUUAACUCAUUUACCCUUGAUUGUUCGUGUUUUGAUUGACGACUGUUGUGUGAAAUGUAAAACUUGUAUCAUGAAGAUUUCUGUUGAUGUAAAUUCUGUUAAUAAAUAAUUAAAGUUUGCGGCUAUAUGCGAUGACAAAGUAACUGCGUUUUUAAAUUGUGCAUGCGCCCACGACAACCGGACUGGGACGGGAGGACGUUAGUAUGACUGUGCACAAAUUGGGAUCAUCAUCAUCAUCAUCAGCCUGUGGACGUCCACUGUUGGACAUAGGCCUUCACUAAAGAGCGCCACCACACCCAGCCCUCAGCGUUCCAAUCCAGCCACUUCCCGAUGGUUUUAAGUUUGCUAACCAUUUUAAAUUAUCGAGUUAACUACCAAAGUACGAAACCCCCACUUGGAAAACAAACAGCUGCUAUACAUUUUAUAUAAUUUUACCCUUAGUCUAGAUAAUUACAAUAAGCCACUAAAGUUUUCACAAUAAAGUGGAUUCAUUAAUUUCCAUUUCCCGAUCAGGUAGAUAUACUUAUUUUGGCUCGCGU